AUGCUUAUAGGCAACCUACAUUUACAAGCGUUAUUUUUGGAUGUCCGUGUACAGGCAGUGUGCAGGGAUUAUUUCAACAGCCAAUUCAAAUUAAUAAAUUAGAUCAAAUAUAGCCUAUUGUUUUCACGACAUGUUUUUGUAUCUAGGCUCCAGAAACUGCGGUCUGAAACACAGGGCGGAGCUUUAGCGCCUACUUUUUUGUUAUGAUGCAUUUUUGUCUGGAAGCCUAUUGCUUGUAGUCGGUCGAGUACUAAGCCGAUUCUAUUUCAAGGGUAGCGAGUCGAAACGGGACAUCGAGACCAUGAUUAAACGAUCCGACGGAAACUUUGCACCCUGGGCACAUUGAGAGCAGUAAGAAAUCACGCCAGGAAUUCAUCGGGGAGCUAGCAGUAAGCUAUAAACGUGUAAUUGGAGGACUGUUCCCGAUAAAAUAAUUUGACAACUUUCUACAGAUGCAUACUACUUUCAUCGUGUUUUUUUAUUAUAUAUAUUUUUUUUUACUGAAGUGUGUUGUUAGGCAACUGGAGGACACAACAAAUUCGUUUAGGUCUUGAGUUUUUUUUCAAUGAUCAUCUCUCUAGUCUUAAUGACAGUUAAAGACAAUCCCUCCAACAACAGAAGUAAAGCAACAUCUACAAACAUGUCCCCCAUCGCAAUCACUAUGAGAACCUUAUGACUUUGGAGCGCACGGGUCAGUUUUCUUCAUCAGGGAUCAACAGACACUUGAGCUACCACAGCCCUGGGGCCGGAAAUGGAGGUGUGGCCGAAGCAGGAGCAGGCGGUCCAAAGCAAGGCCGACGCUGUCAAGAGUGACCAGGAGGAGGACGAUGCGACGGCCUCUGGCCACACCUGUGGCCUCUGUGGACGGGGCUUCCCUCUCCUGAGCUCGCUGUCCCAGCACAUGCGCAGGCACACUGGGGAGAAGCCCUACAAGUGUCCCUACUGUGAACACCGGGCUGCUCAGAAGGGCAGCCUGAAAGCCCACAUCCGCAGCCACAAGCUGGGCCUGCUCAGCCGGAGCCUGGGCAAGUUGGACGGUGAGGAGGGGGUUGAGGAGCAAGGACAAACACGGGGGGACCCUAAGAAACUGGAUAGUCCCGCUGACAACCUCGCCAAUGGCACCUCGGCUAAGAAGCACAAAGUCAACGGCAAGACGAAAAAUAAAAGCUCCAAGAAGAAAGGCGAAGAAGCAGUCGUCCAGGAUGACGGCAAGGAGGACGAGCCGCAAACCACGCUUGAGGGCGACUCACUUCCGGGAGGGACCUUCUGGGUGGACAAUGGGGACGGUGCGGGUUCCUUUCCCUGCGGCUCUUGCAGCCAGGUCUUCCCCCAGGCCCUGCUCCUCAAGGCCCACAUGAAGAAGCACCGCGGCCUCCUGGACCACGGUUGCCGCAUCUGCGGCCGGCGCUUCCGCCAGGCCUGGUUCCUCCAGAGCCACAUGCGGAUUCAUCGGGCCAAGAGUCAGCUGCGGGGUGGGAGUGGCGACAGCAGCGAGUCCCAGACCACCCUCAACGGGGUCCCCCGGGAGCCGGCGUCCCUGGUGAACGAUGACUGUCUCUACGAGCUGUGUGCCGGCUGCGGCAACUUCUUCUACGACCGCAAGACCCUCCGGCUGCACGAGAGGGUCCACAAACAGAGCCACGCCCCAAGCAAGCCGCCGCAGCAAGACCCCGACAACAGCUCUUCGUCACCUGCCGCCAAGAGGCGCUUCCUGGAAUGCCUUAACCUCAGGGCAACCGGGGCUGGAGAGGCAGCUAUGGAGGGGAGUCUUGGAAGACGGAUCCCCGAGCUGGACCCGGUAUGCAGUUACCAUGCCUGGCAGUUGGUCACCAGAGGGUGUGUGGUGGAGGUGACAGAUAAAAGCCUAGGCUGGGAGGAGAGGCUGGUGGAUGCCGAGGUGGCGUUUGCCCGGGAGAAGGGCGAGUAUGUGCCUCUGAAACAGGAGAAGCGGAAGAGGCAGCUGGACUCCUCCCAAAGCAAGAAGAAGAAAGGAUCUCAGGAUGUUGUCAUUAAUGGUGGCAGCGGUGGGAUCUCCCUCCAGCAGCGUGACAGUAGAAAUAGCCGCACCUUAUUGAAUGGGCUCAGCUCAGAGACGUUUGGGAUAUUGCAGAAAAAGAAGGUGAAAGAUGGUCAUCAGUCCAGCAAGCAAGGCACUAAAUCAAACUCUGCCAGUCAGCCCAGCACACCAAGACAAGAAGAUUCUCUAUCUUCCUCAUCCAUAAAGAGGAAUAGUAUCAAGGACACAACCUAUGAAGAUACCAAGCCAUACUUCUGCGAGCACUGUGACUUCCGCACCAGGGACCCCUCUUCCUUCACAUCCCACAUGCACAAGCAGCACAAGGACGUCAGGGAUGCACAUCAUCACAUACUGGGAGCUAUUAUGGAAGACCCGAGCCACGGCGCUCCCAAAGCCUCAGGUUAUGUGGAAUAUCUCCGGCUGAAGAGCACACUGCUCAGCCAGCCCUACACAAAUCCCUACAUCUGUCCUCCUGGCCAGGAGAGGGCGGCAUCGAGCUGCCAGUCUGAGAAGUCGAGGAGCCUAAAAGUCAAAGGGCAAUCCUCUCAGGAUGCCAUCAUCUACGCCAGCCUCCUCAACCUGUCUGCCCCGCCCGAGGGCCAGGAGGAGGAUGGCGGUGUAAACCCUGUGGCAGCAGCGUCUGAGGGUAAGCUGGUCAGACACCAGUGUCCGUUCUGCGCCCACACAACCCAUUACCUGGAGGUGCUGUGGAUCCACCAGCGUGUGGCCCACAGGGUGGAUAGUGGCAGCUCCCUGGCCCCCAAGUGGGCCCCCUACGUCACCGGCUUCAAGGGCCCCAAGGCUGCUGGACGGCGCACGGGGCCCCCGCCCUUCCUGGAGGGCAAAGACUGCCCGGCACUCUCAGUCCCCCGGGCCCAGCGCACACAAGCCCCAGGUUCCACCGCCACACAACCGUCAGGUGGAGGCACCAAGAGGCCAAAGACAUACACAAGCAGUACAACUGCUACUUCCCAGCCCAACACCAGCCAGGCCAUGGUGUCAGCGUCGCGUACCUCCACAAGGUCUCCCCCUGGUGGUGGGAAGUCACUCCUACCUCAAAAAAAGAAGUCGAGCCGCCCAACCCAUACGGAGGAGGUGGCCAAUAAGAGCGUCCGAUCUAAAACGAAAGCCCACCCCAAAGCUCCUGCCGCCACCACCACCGUCUCAACCACCGUCUCAACCAAUAUUCAAGGCUUCUCCCAGCAGUCGACAAGCAGCCCCAAAACCGGACAUUAUCGGGCGGCUGCCGAGGGAAGCCUGCUUCCGCAAGAGGGCCUCGGCUUUAUUCUCGCCAGGAACCAUGGCAGGGCCGACCACGCGUCCCAUCUUACCCCAGACAGAACUCACCUCCACCCCCAGCCCCAUCCACACCCCCACAGCCAUCCACGGGAUCCACCUGCAGCCCUGAAAGGUCAAGACCUUUGGUCAGUCACAAACAUGUUUGGGGCGCAGGGCAGCAGCGGGUACCAGGCACCCACCACCCUCCUCGGCCACGGGAAGAGGGAGUCGACUGCUGGGGACAGCAGAGACACCCCGAUGGACAUGGGCAUCCUGGGUCUGUUGAAGAACUACAACCCCCACGAGCUGGCAGCUCUCUACCAGCACUGGGGCUUUGUAGAUCCCAGGCUUGACCCACAAGGGAUACUGCAGUACAACGGACAUUUUGAAAAUGAAGUCCAUUCCUCCACAGAGGCCUCCAAACAAGUGAUCGGCUGUUCCGCUACUUCAACAGCCUCUCUCAGGAAGGGGACAUGAAAACUCCACAUGUCACAUGCCCUGAAAACUCGACUUCCCAAAAUGCACUGUUGCAAGAUGAAAGGCCUGCAGUCUCUCACAGGAACCAAGCCAUGACUACAGGAGCUCUUCACUUUAGGGGCCCAAUUGUCUCAAGGGACACUCUUUGUUUACAACUAACUAACUAAUCCACCCGGACUAAAGGAGCUACCAUAACAUGUGAACGUGACAGAGUGGAAAUUCUUCCCCAACUGGAGUGUAAACUCACAACCAUCUGCACUGUAACUCAACAAGCACUGUCAAUACGUCGGACCCAGAAAGGCUAAGGCAUUUCUGCAUCCAGAGCGACAGAACUUCUCAGGAAGGUAGUAGCGAUGCACUGAACCAUCUGCUACAUCACACACUGGGCUUAGAUCACAGGAGGUUGGUGGCACCUUAAUCGGGGCGGACUGGUUCGUGGUAAUGGCUGGAGCAGUAUAAGUGAAAUGGUAUCAAAUGCAUCAAAUACAUGAUUUCCAUGAGUUUGGUGCCAUUCUGUUCGCUCCGUUCCAGUCAUUAUUAUGAGCCGCCCUCCCCUCAGCAGCCUCCACUGGCUUAGAUGUUUCUGUGGUGAAAGUAUACUGAUCUAGAGAUGGUGCCGUUGUUUAGCUCGUGGUGAUUGAGGUCAGGUUGGGUUAGAUAACUGAUCCUAAAUCAGUUGUUAAAGGGCAGGAACCCAGGAUCCCACAGGAUGUUUUAUGUAACCUUUAAACCCUUUAAAUCCAUGUCAGAUAAAAAAAGCAGACUGAAACUUUCAUGUUAUAGCCCUCCAGAGAAUUGUUAGAAAAAUGGUGAAGUAAUCGGAUUGGUAUGUGUAUUUACUGUGAAUGUGUGUUAGUGUUUUAGUCAUCUGUUUAUUUGAGCUUUUGACGCUUUUUUUUGUGGUAUUUAGAAACGGUUUGGAUUGGUCAGGUUAGCCAGCUCACAAUAGCAAAGUUACUACCUACCUUUAAAGCUGGAAUCCUUAAUGGUGAAACAGCCACGUCCGUUUGUGGUAUUACAACAGCUAAGAAGGUUUCCCUCGGACAUCAUUGUGCGAUGCUCCCCAGGCUCUGCUUCUUCCCCAAAAACUAAAACUAUAACAAAGGCUGUGGGGCGGACAGUGGCGCGGUUUCCCCCACGUAUUAUUCCAUCUUUAAGCAACAAUAAUGAAGCAUCUGUUUGUGACUUACCAGCCAUCUCCAGCUAUGUUUACAUGAACAACAAGCAUGCUAGACUCUGCUGACCUGCGAUGUAGCGGAGGGUAAAUGCAUGUAAACGUUGGCAGGUAGCCUCGGCAGGUAGCCUCGAGGUUAUAGUGUUGGGCCAGUAACAGGGGACGCAAGCAGAGAGAGGUUAGUACAGUGUUUCCCACACUUGGGGCCGGGGCCCUAUGUGGGGUACUGAGAAAAUCUGUACUAAUCUUAUUAAACAAAUUUAAAAACAAAAAAUAUCGUUCAAUAUUUCCCCAUGUCCUACCUUCCCUAUAGGCCUACAUUAAAAUCCAAACAAUUCAGUUAUAAAAAUGUCAUACGUUAUAGUUUAUAUAGGCGGUUGAUCGUCUUAUCUCGAUCGCCCACUGGAGUUCACAGUUUAACCACCUUUUUUUAACCUCUACAUCACAGCUUCUGAAUAGUACCUAGAUGGAGUAUGCAUGUUCUAUUUUAGUUCUGUUGCGUUAAGUCUUUAUGUCCACUCAAGUUGAUAUCCCAACGUUGAAAGACUGGCUUCUCCGUGUUCAAAUGAAAUAGAUUCCAUCGCUAGGGAACACCAACGAUGCGGAACAUGUUUCUCACACCUCCGAAAAUGGUGUUCUGUUGAGAUAAUUCCACGUCCCAGGCCGUCUGAUCCAGUUGGAACUGAAAAUGAAUCCAGACUGAAUGGAAAAGAAAAGCACUAUGUAACUUACAGAUUUGCAGUGCUUCAUGCAUAUAGUUGGAUCGACACAACCGGUGGUUGUGAACUUGAACAGAAGCCCACUUUUGAGGUUUGAGAACAGAAAAUGUCCCUUAGAAGGUAGAUGUGCAGUUUGACUCCAUGAAAAUGACUACUCUUCAUUGAGGAGGAUUGUGGGUUCCGUCUUGGACUGUCUGUGUUUAGUUCCUUUAUGCAGUGUUUUGUUUUGGUGUUUUGCUGAAUCACUGGGUAUCUCUAUCUUAGAAAUGGCUUCUGCAGUGUUUUAAAGUUAUUUUAGCUGCCCACAAGGAAAGAAAGCCAUCCAUGUUAAAUAGUACCAAUCUGAUGUUAUUACUACGUUAUUUAUUGAAUUGUAUAUGAUAGUUAUCCACCUUGAUCGAUUGUCGUAUGUAAAAAAAUAAAUAUAUAUAUAAUUUAUGAUUUGAAGUCAGAAUGAUAAAACGGUAGACUUUUCUAAAAAGAAAAGGUUGGUGCUUUAGAGGGACAUGUAUUUCAACAGAAUGCUUCACGAAGACUAGCUAUGUUUGCUCAUGGCAAGUGCUCAGAUAUUCUUUUAGGACUUUAGAUGAUGGAGUUGUAUUUUCAAAGUAUUUAUAUUGCAUAAUACCUGUUAGUACAAAUAAAACUUGAUAUAUUUCCA